AUGGUGGUAUGCGAAACACACCUCUCCCCAGAGCAGACAAACGAAAUCCAAACCAGCCAUAUAGGACGCCGACUACAGGUAUUCAACUCCCCCAACCCAGAAGAUCCAAACACAAGGGGAAUUGCACUAGUGCUAAAUAGAGAGCUAACAAAUAUAAAAGAUGUGACCAUUUACUACCUGAUACCCGACCGUAUAUAUGUCUCAAAUAGACAAUUCCAGCAGUGCAAACACUGGGAAAUUAGUGAUGCUGCUGGGAAGCUGACUGACCACAGACUGGUUACUGUCACCAUCACAGCACCACUCUCCCCACAUGUAGGACGUGGCAACUACUCAAUUCCACUCUUUAUUCUCCAGGACACUAACUUCAUGUCCUUUGUGCAUGAGGCCGGGAGCAAACUAGAUGAAAUGAUCGAACUAAGCAAAGAACCUGAAAAUCAGAUAGGAAAUAUCCAAACCCAUUAUCACAGCUUCAAACAAGAAAUCCUUCAGUAUGCAAGAAAACGGGCAAAGAUAGUCAUUGGAGCCUCUCGGGAGAAGAAAAAGAACCUGUCUGCAAGGAAGAGAACAAUGCUCCAGACCAAAAAAGUUCCUGCCCAAGGUACCCCCCCAGGAAACCAGGUAGGGACCACACCACAUGAGAACCUGAUAGAUGAAGACCAGGAGCCCCCUCAAUCUGUAAAUAAUGCAGAGGAAGAGCUGGCAGAACACAUCUAUGCACUGCAGCAUGAGAUAGAUGAGAUUACAGAACAGCAGAGGGAUAAACAGCGAGUGAACACUCAAGUGAAAUGCUUUACAGAACUAGAUCACAUCACCAAAUUCACUGUGUCAAUGAGCAAAGAUAGUAAGCCUCGCGAUACUAUAACCUUCCUUCAACGAACAGAUACAGACCAGCCAAUAGGAUCAAAACGCUCAUCUGAAAUGGCAGAGAUUGCUAGAGACUACCAUCAAGCACUUCAAUAUGACCCCUCCGAGGAGGACCUCACCAGUAAGCAAGAAAGCAUUCUAGCUGCUCUAGAACACAUACACCCAGUGGAAAUCUCUUCUGAGGUAGAAGCACUAAGCAAACUUCUAAGUGAAGAUGACAUAGCAGAAGCCCUGAAACAGGCAAAGGUUGGCACAGCCGCAGGAGUAGAUGGCAUCCCCUAUGAGCUCUGGCAACAACUCCAUAAAACCUACCUUGACACAACUGAGUAUAACUCAAAAAAACCUCUUGAAGAGCAGAAACCUACUCUGAACAUAAUCAAAAUACUUGCAUCAAUCUUCAAUGACAUUGAGAAACAUGGGGUAACAGCCAACUCAGACUUUGCUCUUGGAUGGAUGUGCCCAAUAUGGAAGAAGAAGGAUAAAUCUGACAUUGCCAACUACCGUCCUAUAACAGUCCUUAACACAGACUACAAGCUUCUGACAAAAACACUAUCAAAUAAAUUGGCAAAGAUUGCACCUCACCUCGUUAAUACAGACCAAGCUGGCUUCAUGAAAGGUAGAAAGAUUCAGGACCAGAUCUUUCUGGCCCAGCAAGUAGUAGGCUACUCAAGCGAACAGCUGCAUAAUGGUGCUAUUGUGGCACUUGACCAAGAAAAAGCCUAUGAUAAGACCAAUCACACCUACCUUUGGCAAACCCUGCGCAAACAGGGGAUACCCAACCUGUUCAUAGACACUGUGAAAGCACUUUAUGCAGAUGCCCAGACUUGUGUCAUAAUAAAUGGUGAAAAAAGUACUCCAUACAAAGUAACACGAGGCGUUCAGCAAGGGGACCCACUCUCCUGUCUGCUUUUUAACCUAGCCAUUGAGCCACUAGCCUCUAUGGUCCGCAGCUCAAACCUUCAAGGAAUGCAGAUACCUGGGACCUCCCGCCGUAUCAUUAUCAAAAUGUUUGCAGAUGAUACCACAGUAUAUUUAAAUGCCAACGAUCGGCUAAGUGACCUCACCGCAAUACUGAACAAGUGGUGUGCAGCAUCAAGCGCAAAGUUCAACACUGAAAAGACAGAAAUUAUACCUGUUGGUAACCCCACCUUCCGAGCCCAUGUAGCCAACACAAAAACCUUUCAUGAUGAACAUGAUGUAAUUGCAGAAGCAAAAAUUGCAAGAGAUGGAACUGCAGUCCGAAUAUUAGGAGGAUAUGUAGGAAACGGCAUUGACUGUUUCACACUAUGGUCUCCAAAGCUAGAAAGGAUUGACAAUGAAUAUGAAAAGUGGGAGAAUCUCCAUCCAACAUUAGAAGCACGCCGACACAUAGACCAGAUUGUUGCCGGGUCCAUAACUCAAUAUCUGACUAUGGUAAAUGGAAUGCCCAAACAUGUCCUCAAGCACCUACAACGCUCCCAGAGAGAGUUUAUGUGGGGAGGAGCCAAAUCCUCACCAGUACAAAAAGCUGUUCUACUUCAACCUAUUCUAGAUGGUGGAAAAAAUCUUCUAGACAUUGAAGCUAGGAAUGAUGCACUGACAAUUCUGAAGCUGGCAUCAUACCUAAACUUGGACCCUACCAGUCGCCCUGACUGGGCCUACUUUGCAGACUCCCGCUUUGCUGCAGCUGACAGGAAGAGCUCCAGACUAAAUCCUGGCUCCCACACACAGAUGUUCCUUCAGACCUGGCGCCCAAACAAACUGAAACUCCCUACUGACCUUCGAGAGAUGGUAAGAGUAGCAGAGAGAUACAAUCUUGGUUUUGAAGUAGUCUCCCCUCCAAGUGAACUGCUUGAAGAACUCCCACUCUUCCACCACCUAGGUGAGGACCCAGCGCAGCGUCAAAUAAAUAAUUCAACUGCCUGCAAAUGCCUAAGAAACAAUCACCUUGCCCUGAAUGUGGGUGAUGGAGCACUAAUAGCUGCUCGCCUUGAGAACCCCAACCACCAGCCAUCUGCCAGAUGUGUAUGCACUGCAUGUGUGUCAGACAGAAAUAUCCUGAACUGUACUAAUCCAGAUGCCUGUGCACAGUGUGCAGGCCAGAGAAUAAAUCUGAUACACCCAAGAUGGGACCCCCGUCUUGCAAAUACCAAACAAACCCCUGAACUAAGACCCUUGGAAGAAGGGCAGAUAUUGCUCCCUCCCGUUGCUGCAUCACUUACAGAGGGAUUUCGAAUCUUUCGCACAGAUAAUACUACCCCUAUCACUAUACCCCUACGUGCAAGGCCCACAACCCCAAUCCAGGCAUACAUUGUAACUGGUCGAAAUGCUGACCGAUCUGGAUCUUGUUACUCCUUGUGGUUUGCUGAGGGUGACCAACGAAAUGAAAACUUUGAAAUUCCCAGAACUGUGGGGACAACUAAACAGGCUGCUGAGAUUGUAGCCUGUCUUGCAUGUAUCCGACGUGCCUCACCAAAAGCAGAUAUAACCCUGUAUCUUGAGAAAAAGUCAUUGCCACAGAUAAUCAAUAAAAAACUCAAAGAGUGGGAAGACAUGGGAUGGCAUGGUGUCCCAGAUGGCCACAUUCUCUGCCCACUUCUAGCUGAACUUAGAGGACGAGAAGGGAAAACCAAAAUCUUAACCCCUGAAGCAAACUCCUUAGAAGCCCUCACCCUCCAAAAUCUCAGCAUUAGAGCUGCUGGGGCAAGCCACCCACAUCCUCACCCCAACCAAACCACUGCCACAACAAGACCAGACCUGAUCACAAAUGGGGCAAAGCUAGCAGCCUUGACACAGAAAAGAGCUUACACUAUCAUCAAAUCUAUGCACAAGAAAAUAGUCCGCCCAGCAACCCAGCAAUGUCUCAACCAAAUUGUAGCUGAGAUUCAGAGGCUAACUGGAAAAUCUCCCACAACCCCUGAGAUAUGGCGGUCAAUUAGACUCCCCAACCUAUCGCGACAGGUGAAAAACUUCCUCUGGAAGUCAAUACACAAUGCACACAGAAUUGGUGCGUUCUGGAAACAUAUUCCUGAUUGUGAAGACCGGGCAACUUGUCAAACAUGCAGCACUGAAGAAACACUGGAGCACAUACUUUGUGACUGCACCUGCGUGGGUCAAGAUGAAGUCUGGAAGCUAGCAGGCAACCUCUGGGAAACCACGGGAAAGCCAUGGUUCAAGCCCUCUCUAGGGGCCAUUCUUGGGGUGGGCCUACUGAAAGUAAAAUCAGUUAACAAACCUGACCCAGGGCUAACAAGACUGCUACACAUCAUUAUCUCUGAGUCAAUGUUCCUGAUCUGGAAGCUCCGAAACCAGCGUGUGAUAUCCAACAAUGGCCAACCCCAUACCCCCAAAGAGAUUGAACAAAGGUGGAACCACCUUAUUGAGUCUAGAUUCAAACUAGAGUGUGCCAUGACAAACAAACUACGUUUUGGUAAACGUGCACUGGCACUGAGAACCCUUGAAGCAACAUGGAGGCCUGUCCUUACCUCCUCUGAUGAUAUCCCGGAGCACUGGGUGAACUGCCCCAGGGUUUUAGUGGGUCGCGCAUACCUGGCAAUACUGCCACCUCCCCCUGAGCCACCACCAGGUUAG